AUAGCUCCUAUGGGCGGACGCUGAUAUAUUUCCACACAAACCACCGCUGCUCUCUCCCAAAGCAGCGGGACAGAUUUAUGGUGCUGCUUCACUUAUGUAGACUAUAGAACAACUUUUCGUGCCUUGGCCUGAGCGAAAAAAGACACAAGGAUUCAAAGAAAGGCAUGGAAAGUCAAGUAUUUCCAAGAUGACCGAUGGUUUGGUCACCGAAUAAGUUAUUUUUGUCGCACGAGAGGGAAACUCAAAACAAGGCUGUUUUUGGAGUUCCACCUCCCCUCUCUCCGUAGAGUUUGAUUCAAAAGUCGAAAGCCAAGAUGGCCGCCGAUUCCGUGCAGGGUGAUGCCAGAGGCCAGCUGGUGUCGGAGCGGCUGGGCCUGGGCCACAAUUUGGACCUGUCGGACACCAUGGUGCAGCAGAAGCUGGACGAGAUCAAGGAGCAGAUCCGCCGCGAGAUUCGCAAGGAGCUGAAAAUCAAGGAGGGCGCGGAGAACUUGCGCAAGGUCACCACAGACAAGAAGAGCCUGGCCUACGUGGACAACAUGCUGAAGAAGUCCAACAAGAAGGUGGAGGAGCUCCACCAGGAGCUCCAGGAGCUCAAUGCCCACAUCGUGGUCAAGGACCCCGAUGAACUGCUAGAGUGCCCUUUGACCCCGGACACCCCGGCCAGCGAGAUGAGGAUGUGCACCAGCAGCAGCCGCCUGGCCGCCCUGAAGAAGCAGAACGACAUUGAGCUAAAGGUCAAGCAGGGGGCGGAGAACAUGAUCCAGAUGUACUCCAAUGGCUCCUCUAAGGACCGGAAAUUGUUAGCGACCGCUCAACAGAUGCUCCAGGACAGCAAAACAAAGAUCGAGUUCAUCAGGAUGCAGAUCCUCAAAGGCAGCCAGGCCAGCGAGUUGAGCUUUGACAACAACGACGUCAUGGCCAAGCCCAUCAUCAGCCCGCUGGACCUACGGGUGGAGGAGCUGUGUCACCACGCCAGGAUAGAGUCAGCCGUGGCCGAGGGCGCCAAGAACGUCAUGAAGCUCCUGGGCUCUGGCAAGGUCACAGAGAAGAGGGCACACUCAGAGGCCCAGGCCCGCUUCAACGAGUCCAGUCAGAAGCUGGACCUGCUCAAGUACUCCCUGGAGGAGAGGCUGAGCGAGCUGCCCAAAAACCACCCUCGCAGCAGCAGCAUAGUGGAGGAGCUGUCCCUCAUGGCCUCGCCCACCCUCAGCCCGCGCUCCAGCAUCAUCUCCACCCAGAACCAGUACAGUACCGUGGCCAAACCCGCCGCGCUCACAGGCACAUUAGACGUCAGGCUCAUGGGCUGCCAGGACCUGCUUGAGAACGUUCCAGGUCGUUCAAAAGCCGGUUCCGUGCCACUGCCUGGCUGGAGCCCCAGCGAGACCCGCUCCUCCUUCAUGAGCCGGGGGAACCGCAACCGAGGCGCCAGUGCACGGAACCUCUCCAAGAGUGAAGAUCUCUCUUAUGAGAUCAGUGCUGUGCUGAAGCUGGACAACACAGUGGUGGGACAGACCAGCUGGAGACCUGUCAGUAACCAGUCGUGGGAUCAGAAGUUUACACUGGAGCUAGACAGGUCUCGUGAGCUGGAGAUCUCGGUGUACUGGAGAGACUGGCGCUCGCUUUGUGCCGUCAAGUUCCUGCGACUUGAGGACUUCCUGGACAACCAGCGUCACGGCAUGUGUCUCUACCUCGAGCCCCAGGGAACCCUGUUUGCAGAGGUCACAUUUUUCAACCCUGUCAUUGAGAGGCGACCCAAACUGCAGAGACAAAAAAAGAUAUUCUCAAAGCAGCAAGGGAAGACGUUCCUGCGUGCUCCUCAGAUGAACAUCAACAUCGCCACCUGGGGCCGCCUGGUCAGAAGGGCCAUACCUACAGUCAGCACUAACUCCUACAGCCCACAGGUGCCUGAGAUUGGGCCCAGCAGUCUUCCGGAUUCUCCAACACCCACCAGUGACAUUAGUGACCCGUUGGUGACCAAGCUGGACUUUGACAAAGAGCCCACCUCGGGACCCAAGCACUACCCUUUACCCGCGGGCAUCAGAGAACCACUGGCACAGGACAACAAACUGCCCGACAAGGAGGAAGUACAGGAUGCACUGGCAUCGUUUGACUUCCUGAACAAGAGGAACAGCAUAGCGGUGAAGUCGUUGGACCGACGAGACAAUGUAGUAGAGCCGGAGAUCCAGCCUCCAGACCUGGAGCUCACAGCCAUACAGAAUGACACAGAGAGGGAAGAAGAACAAUUUCAGUUUAGUCUCAACGACUUCAAAUGUGUUGCAGUCCUUGGUCGUGGUCAUUUCGGAAAGGUAUUGUUAGCUGAGUAUAAAAGCACGGGAGAGAUGUUUGCCAUCAAAGCCCUGAAGAAAGGAGACAUUGUGGCUCGUGACGAGGUGGACAGUCUGAUGUGUGAGAAACGUAUCUUUGAAACGGUGAACAGCGUGCGCCAUCCGUUCCUGGUCAACCUCUUCGCCUGCUUUCAGACGCAGGAGCACGUGUGCUUCGUCAUGGAGUACGCUGCCGGGGGAGACCUGAUGAUGCACAUCCACGCUGACGUCUUCUCCGAGCCCAGGGCCAUAUUUUAUGCAGCUUGUGUCGUAUUGGGAUUACAGUUUUUACAUGAACAUGAGAUUGUGUACAGAGAUCUGAAGCUUGACAAUCUGCUAUUGGACACUGAGGGCUAUGUAAAAAUAGCUGACUUUGGCCUUUGCAAAGAGGGAAUGGGGUUUAGGGACCGCACCAGUACAUUCUGUGGCACGCCAGAGUUCCUGGCCCCUGAGGUGCUGACGGAGACGUCGUACACGCGUGCUGUGGACUGGUGGGGUCUGGGGGUCCUCAUCUUUGAGAUGCUGGUUGGAGAGUCUCCAUUCCCUGGAGAUGAUGAAGAGGAGGUGUUUGACAGCAUCGUCAACGAUGAAGUCCGCUACCCAAGGUUCCUCUCAACGGAGGCUAUCUCCGUCAUGAGAAGGCUUUUGAGGAGGAGUCCAGAAAGGCGUCUGGGGGCAGGAGAGCGAGACGCAGAGGAAGUCAAAAAACAUCUGUUCUUCAGAAAUAUGGAUUGGAACGGACUACUGGCCAAGAAGGUGAAGCCUCCAUUUGUCCCGACCAUCCAGGACUCCAACGACGUCAGCAACUUCGAUGACGAAUUUACCUCAGAAGCGCCCAUCCUGACCCCACCCAGAGAACCUAGGGCGCUCAGCGGGGACGAGCAGGACAUGUUCUCUGACUUUGACUACAUCGCAGACUGGUGUUAGCCCCCCUCCCCUCUUCUCCCUCCUCCAAAUGUGUUGAACAAACACACACUGUGAACCAACCAACACAGCGCUGACUGACUGUAGCUCACCAUUUUUAAAACACCUCUUUUCCAAACCAACGUCGCAAGACGGGAACAAACGGCGCACUGCCAAUUAAAGACCCCCACCCACCCCCCGCUCCCACAACUGAACCCCCAAGGCUAUUCUUUAACAGAGAGAGAACAACAUUUUUCUUCUCUUUAGAAACUUCAAGGGGAAAAAGAGGAGUGAAGCCUCCAGCGCAUGUCAUGUCUAUUGUCUGACCACUGAGAAUGUUGUCAAGUGAACUCUGUCAAGGCCGGCAAUAUAGCCGUGAUAUCGAAUAACAUGAUUGUUACGUUUUUUUUUUUUUAUCAUGUACAGAAUAGUAUUCCUCUGUAUUUUUAACAAGUCCUUUCGCAAGCCCACUGCCAUAACUAAAUGACAUAUCUCUCUGUAAAGGGUUAACACGUGUGCCAUGUUGUAUAUCGGAAUUAUGAGCGCUUUGAGCAACAAACA